GUUUCAGACAACACAUCCCAACUGAUCAUGCCAAGCAUCAAGAUGCCCAGUCGGAAACCCUUCACAGAUCGUGGGAAGGCUCUAGGUCGAUUGAAGGUUUUGAUCGCAGGUGCAUCUGGAUUGGGAAAGUCAUCUCUCAUCCAGUCUAUAGUUCAGGCCUGCGAUGACAUUGUGCACAUGGACGAUUUUGCCUCGGCCUCCCCUACUAGAAUAUCACGGCCUUCCAUUAAAUCUUCUCGCACGUCCCACAUCUUCAGGUUUCCACAAGUGGCCAUCACGGAAAUAUACGCUAGUACCAAGCCCUAUCCGUCGUGGUGGUCGGAUUUGGAGGACUCGCGUGUGCUCCGGCGGAGGAAAAGCACAGGUGAUGUUGUUCUGGAGCGCAACAUUUGCUUUGUAGAUACUUCAGCCACGUCUAUGGGUCGAUCGGAGCAGACUGAUUCGGUCAUACAAUAUAUCCGCCAGCAACUGUCUCGAGCAACCACCGCCAUCGAUGCCCUGAACCAUGAUUUCCAGAAUUUACUCGCUGGCAACGGUGGGACUCAAGUGGAUGCUGUUCUUUACCUCAUCUCAAAAGAAACCCUCCUCGCCGAUAUGGAGUACAUUCAAAGGCUCUGUGAUUGGACCAAUGUCAUCCCCCUCAUCGCUAAAUCAGAUCUUUUGACCGACGAGAAUAUCUUCGCUCUAAAGUCUUCAUUCCAGAAGCACGCUCAGAAAUUGUCCAUCAAGCCUUUUCUUCUAGGCGAGUCCAGCACAGACACGGAAGACAUCAAUGGUCACCUACCUUUCGCGGUAUCUUCCGCCAAAGCCAGUAACGACGAUGUAAUGGAUGCCAGCACCCUUAUGAGCCCAGACUAUGUCCAACCUCUGGUGCCCUCGGAACUAAUGUUGCUGGUUCGACGGGUUUUUGAUAGGGAGAACGUUGCCUGGAUGCGGCAUUCCGCUGCAAAGAAGCUAGCCCUUCAACAGCAGGAAAGACCUUCGCAGGAGCAGCUGCAGCAGGAGGAGCAGAGUCAUCUCCCUCUGAGCGCUCUCACACUCGCACACAGUGUUCACCGCGGCUCUCCCACUUACACCAUGGCUCGGCUCGCGGACCACACCCGUCAGGAGGAGCGCUUGGCUCGAGUGCAGCUGGCCAGGUGGGCUUCGGAUUUGCAGCAAAGCCUUCAGAACGAACGAGACAGAUAUGCCGCGAUGGCCCAGGGCGAACGCGCCAUCUGGCUCACGGAACGUAUCGGGGAGUGUGUCGUAGAGGGAUCGUUGAUUCCUAUCACCCAAACCCCGGGCUUCUGCGGCCUCCACAGGCCUACUGAGAAAGCUGGUGGCGGUGGGGUAGUCCGCCGGACUGUUAACGGACACAACGUGGAGUACCAGGUCGCUCGCCUCAGCCCCCAAGACCCGCUAGGCCUCGUACGAUGGUACGAGGACCUCCGGCGACGUGGGUGGACCGUCGUCCAGGUUGUAGGGAGCUUCGGGGUAAUUGGCGGGCUCGCAUUUUGUUUAGCCAAGGCCUGUGGGUUUCCCUCACGCAACCUGUGCGAAUGGCACCUGGACUGGUACAACACCAGCAACUAACUAAGGAUGAUGCCGUCCGUUACCUUCCCGCUUCAGCCUUUCAGUUCAUACUGAUGAACGAGCCCCACCCUUAUAACUCAUUCCCACAUCACAACUCCAAAAUCCUGGCUUUAUCUUCGCUCUAGACUUCGCUGGACUAUUACAGUUCUCAAGAAGCGUGCUGCCUUCAUGCCCCUCUAUUACCCAUCUACAUAUGCUGCCAAGGGGGGCUUAUUGUCCUCAUGUCCUCAUGUCCCAUUGACCCAAUACCAUUCACCUCACUUUGUCUUCGGCGUUUCAAGGUUAUCGGCCCGUGUUAUCAAUUUGCUCUAGCAUAUAUUUGUUCACUGCACUUCCGCCC